AUGGCUACCGAUACUAAUGGUGAUGCAGCUGCAGUUUUGGAUGACAUCAAACCUCCCCAAGGUGUUGUCUUACCACCCAAAGAAUUCAGAACUAUCCUUGAGAAAACAGCCGGCUUCGUUGCCCGAAAUGGUAUCGCAUUUGAAGAUCGCGUCCGAGAAAAAGAGAAGAAUAAUCCUAAAUUCAGCUUCCUUAGCAAUGCCGACCCAUAUAACCCAUACUAUCUAUGGAGGUUAAGCGAGAUCAAAGAGGGCCGCGGCACUGCUGUAGCUGCAGGCCGGGUAGGCGAAGCCGCUGCCGUUGUCGAAGCGAAACCCGAAGGCCCUCCAAAACCUCCAGACUUCCAGUUUUCCGCGCGUAUGCCCAAUAUCAGCGCCCAGGAUCUCGAGGUUGUGAAAUUGACUGCACUCUUCGUUGCAAAGAACGGUAGGCAGUUCAUGACUGCACUCUCGCAAAGAGAGGCUGGUAACUACCAAUUUGACUUCCUGAGACCGAACCAUAGUCUUCACAAUUUCUUCCAGCACCUCAUCGAUCAAUACUCGAUGCUUCUACGAGCCGGCGGUAUCGAUGGCGAAGGGGGAAAGGUUCAGCAAGAGAGGAUUGCUGAGCUACAGCAGAAUAUCGAUGAUAAAUAUCGUAUUCUGAGCCGAGCACGACAAAGGGCCGAAUGGCUGAAACACCAAGAGGACGAGAAGCAGAAGAAGGAGGAGGAUGAAGAAAAGGAACGACUAUCUUACGCCCAGAUCGACUGGCACGAUUUCGUUGUUGUCGAGACCGUAGUCUUCACCGAAGCUGAUGACCAAGCAAACCUACCCCCACCGACUUCCCUCUCUGAACUACAAUAUGCUUCUCUUGAACAGAAGGCCAAGGUCUCCGUCAGUGCUAACCUACGUAUUGAGGAAGCGAUGCCUACUGACGAAGACAACGCCUAUGGCGGAUACGCACAACCACCUAAUUGCAAUCUUCCUCAUCAUCCCGUACAACAAGGCGCUCAACCCCCGGCUCAAGGUGCGUAUCAGAUGGCCCCGCCACCACGCCCCGGUGGCACUCAGGAGGAUGAGGAAGCACAGCGGAUACGAGAGAGAGAGGAAGCUCGUCUGCGUAUGCAACAUGCUCAGGCGGAGGCCAAGGGCGGUGCCGCUCCGAUGAAGAUUAAAGAAAAUUAUGUUCCUCGCGCGGCUGCGCGAGCGGCUAACCGACAAGGAACUCAAAUGGCCCUCUGUCCAAAUUGUCAUCAGCAAAUCCCGAUGAAUGAGCUAGAAGCGCACAUGAGAAUCGAGUUACUAGACCCGCAAUGGAAGGAGCAGAAGGCCAAAGCCGAAUCGCGAUAUGCGACGACGAAUCUGUCACAUUCUGAUGUUGCUAAUAACUUGAAACGAUUCGCAAGCCAACGAGGAGACUUGUUCGACGGCGUUACCGGACAACCCAUAUCUGAAGAAGAGAUGGCGAGAAGAAAGCGAGCAGCACUGAAUAGCUUCGACGGCAAUCCGGAUGGCCGGAGCCAGGCUCACAUGAACCAUAUGCAGAGCGUGAACGUCGAUGAACAGAUUGCUCGGAUCCACCAGAGAUUUGCUAAGGACAAUCAACAAGGCCAUUAA